GGUUUUAGAAAUAUAAAGCCGCGGACACUCAGUUCAGGGUGAAAUUUAGCAGAGCCAGAAGUAGACGUGCUCCAUCGUUUUGUUCUGCAUACAUCGCCGCCGCCGUAAACCAUGGUGAAGCACAACAAUGUUAUUCCCAGUGGUCACUUUAGGAAGCACUGGCAGAACUAUGUCAAAUGUUGGUUCAACCAACCUGCCCGCAAGACCAGGAGAAGAGCAGCAAGACAGAAGAAAGCUGUGAAGAUUUUCCCGAGGCCCACAGAUGGACGCCUUCGCCCAGUUGUCCAUUGUCAGACACUCAAGUACAACAUGAAGGUCAGAUCUGGAAAGGGAUUUUCUCUUGAGGAGCUCAAGGCUGCAGGCAUCCCAAAGAAAUUAGCCCCAACUGUUGGUAUCUCAGUCGACCAUCGACGCAGAAACCGUUCUUUGGAGGGUUUCCAAACAAAUGUUCAGAGGCUCAAGACAUACAAGGCCCAGCUUGUUGUCUUCCCAAGACGCAAUAACAAGUUUAAGGCUGGUGAUUCUACUCCAGAGCAAUUGGCAACAGCAACACAGGUGUCGGGACCUAUAUUGCCAAUUGUACACGAGAAGCCAUCUGUCGAGCUUGUGAAGGUCACAAGUGAGAUGAAGUCAUUCAAGGCUUAUGACAAGCUUCGUUUGGAGAGGACAAAUGCACGCCAUGUGGGCGUUAGGGCCAAGAGGGCUGCCGAGGCUGAGAAGGAAGAGAAGAAGUGAGUGUUUUCUCCAGUGUCUGUAUCUCGAAACUCUUGGAUUUGGGUUUUUGCGUUUUAUUUUGUUUUUGGGUCCUGAACUAAAUUAUCUGGAUUUUGUUGAGUUUUUAGUAUUAGCAGUUAUAUGUUAUUUCAGUGUACGAAUUUUCUGGGAUACAGAAAUAUUUCAACAUCUUCAUUUGGACUAUUUUGCUAAGCCCUU